AUGAUCUCGACUACCCUCAUGACUUUUUUACUUAUUACCAGACCAGAGGUCCGGUCGGUCAAGCUGCUCGGAUCAUGGGAUAAUUUCUCUAAACAAUAUGCGAUGGAAAGAGAUGUGCGCGUCGGUCCCGGAAACUGGAGAGGAUGCCAUACCUUUACGGAUAUGAUAGGUGAUGGGCCAGACAAGACCCAAUGGCGAACAGGGGGUCUGAAGAUGGGUGGUACUUACUGGUAUUAUUAUCUACUCGAUAAUGACAUAGAGUAUUACAACGAGGCAGAGCCUACGACCACAAUGUGCCCGCUUCUUCCGGGGCAACCAAUGAAUGUGCUAAAUGUCCCUAUCAUUUUACCUGACAGCCGCUCACAUGGACGCUCGGUGAGUGCCAGCUCGCAAAAAUCCGAACAUCUUCGGACCAUGAAUCCCGAAGACAAGUUCAUGAAUCCGCGGAAGCCGCCGCCCCAGCCUCAGUCUGUACGGCUUCAGACAUCUGCACCAGUAUGCCGCGAACCGAGCCCCGCACGGUCUGCGAGUAGAUCUCCGAUGGCUGGAAUCCACCGGAGUGCAUCUCAGCCGCACGGUGCUCCUCGGAAGGGCCAUAAGAAAGAUUCACGUUCUAUGUCUCCUCCGAGAGCACGAGCCAUUCUAGCUGCUUUAAGGCAACCCGCUGAGGUGGAUAGAAGGUUCGAGUCAGUGCAACAUGCGAAUGCUUCUAAGCUAGCACAGCGGCAGAAAGAGGCUGUUGAGGAUCGCCGCAAUGUCCCUGGAAUCAAGGUUAACACCGGAGUUGCGAUUCCAUCUUCGAGCCCUCCUGACAAAUUUGGUCUGUCCACCAUCCAAAGUCGUCGCGCGAUGAAGGCACCCGCUGGGGAAACGGCACCGAGCCGUCUUCUCACAGUGCAGACGCGUCCGGAUCCCCCCCAAACCAGUCAUUCUCGCAGCGUAACAAACGGAAACACCGUCGAAUCCGACGAAACUCGUGCGAUCAGGGAAGCCCUGAAGGAUAUCACUUGCUCUGGUGACUUUCCUACUCCAACUGCCGUGUAUACCAAAGAUAAGAGGCUCCCUACACUUCCAAAUACGCCAUCUUCGGUCAUGGAUGAAGCAGUUCGCGCUAUCGACGAGAGAGAUAGGGAGAUGGAUGACGAGAUCCCGCGCAGUUACUUCUCCAGCAUGACAGCAACGACAAUCGACUCCGCCCAUUCUAGCUUUGUACCUGAAUACAGUCGGUUCUCCGGAUGGAGUACCGACACUGAAACCGACUACAACCCACGCGAAUCGAUGGUAUCGGCCUCAUCUAACCAUCACCAGGACGAGUCUUCGGCGGAAAGAUGGACAACACCAGACCUCUCGCAGUCUGGCGAUGGCGCAACCAAUACCGACCCUAAUACCCCCCACCUCACUGUCUACUCCAAACCCUCAUCUCCGAAUUCACCCUGGAGCGUCGGUCUCCCUCAACUCACCGUGUCCCUGUCCACACCUGGCCUCGACUUUUCCGGGUUGGGAAUCGAGAACAUGGAUGAAGUGGAGAGCAACCCCAAGCGCCACGCUGCUCUAUUUAGCGCCCUUGAAUCAAUGGAGGCCUUCGCGAUGUCGCGCAGCCCCGACAGCUCCCCGAUCCUGCUCUCCCAAGCUUCCAGAGACUCUGACAUGGAGCAAUAUCGCUCUUUCACAGAGCCGAAAGCAGAGUCGAAAAUGAGCGAAACUUCCCUCGAGCGGAUUCGGUCCCGUCGUAGCAAUGCUUCGUUCCAGGGUAAUGCUACUAUGCAGGAGUUGAUGGAUGAGCUCAGUUAUCUGAAGAAUCUGAUCCAGGCUGACAUGGAUGGGGUGCCGUUUUGA